GGGUGCAAGCACAACGGUUGGAACGGCGAAGCUUGUGCCAGUCCAAAUUCAAAUCUGCUAGUUGAUUGUGCUUAGGCAAGCAGCAUCGGGUGAAUCGGGAUUUUUUGUCCCAAGGGUUAAAUUUCAUCCAACUCGGGCCGGCAGAAUAUAUUGGCGAUAUCAACCAGCAUUCCCGGGCAUCCGGCAGCGUCAGCAUAACACGCACAGUGUACAAACAUGGAAUCCUUACAGCCAUGUUCUGAUAAUGCAGACAACUAAGUUACCUCGGGACAUGACAAGCAAAAGGAUGGAAGGAUUGGCGCUACUUGAACAGAGUAGAGUCUACUUCCAGAGGCCGGCAGUCAACGGCACGCUGUAAAUCGUUCCCUACACUAGGGCGAUGCACUAAGCUACACUACGUGGUGGCGGCAAGUUCACCGCCGCCAUAGCCAAGUCGAGGCCCUAAUUAAUCGCCUCCCGCUAACCAUCACGGUUUCCCUUGUUGCACUAUUGAACUACUUGAUGUUUUUUUUCGCCUCUCUUUCGAGUCAGCUGCUCACGCAGCAAUCGUUCGAUGUGCAGCUUGGCGGCUCCAGACUUUGUCGAGUCAGUGAAAGUUUGCGGGUUGGUAGGCCCGAGCUUCCGCUCCCGUCUUUGACAUGCCCAGAUGGCACCUGCCAAUGGAUCGCGGAGUACCCAAAGGGAGGAGCAUUUAGAGUUUGGGGCUCAGCUGCCCUUUCGGAGGUCGCCGUCCCAAUCCGAAUUUCCUCACAGUACGUAGGAUCUCGAUAGUUCCGUUGUGCUUUUCUGGCCUCAUGCAGUUAGCGAGGAUCUCUUUGUGCACGCCUCCGUUGUAGCGUAGAUGGAUGAGCGUAGCAUUCGCGCACAAGUCCGCGAGUCUCUCCCCACGCAGUGUAUUAGGAAUCUUUGUCAUGUUGCGCUACAGUAUCUUACGGGAGUGUUGCUGCUGCGGCAGUGGUUGCUAUGCUAAGAGAACCACGUGUGCUGAGGGACCGUAGCAUACCGCCGAGACAGCGCGGCGCAAUGGCCGCUGGUAUUGCCGCAAGCGUUGUUUCCGGAUAUUUCUGGCAGGAUACAUGUUGUCGUUAUGUUUUCUAAUGCGGGUGGCCUUGCGAUGUCAUGAGUGUUCGGGGUCAUCUCUAGUGUGUAGAGCGAAGAAGGACGAUGGCGAGCCGGUUGUCCAUCGCGCGGCUUAGUGCGUAGGUAGUGGCUACUGAAGACGUGUCAAAGGCUCGAUAGGCAUACUUAUUUUAAUCUUGAUUCCUAAGCCCGCCGCUGUAUCUUGUGCCAAAGGCGUACCUGUAUAGCAAUGUAGUCUGACGUAGGGCUGGAGUCGGAGUUGUUGCUUAGUGACCAGUGCCCCAGGAAAAAAGAGGUCGUGCUGGAGCAAGCAACGCUGGGGAUUUGUGGGAAUAACGUCAGCUCGUAGUAUAAAAUAAAAUUGAACCUAUUGUCUAUUCGACUUUCAACAUCACCAUUUUUUUUUCGUCGUCAACUCAGGCACCGUCCAGCCGUACUUUGCCCUACAAGGCUGUCAGUCUCGUGUUCUGUCAAGAUCGAAAUCCACCGGCAGCCCCUCCCCAGCGUCUACAGCGCUCGAUCCAGUGUAGCAAAAAUCGCCGCCGAUCGCCCCCUCGCCUGCUCAGCCGGCACGGCCGCUCACAGCCCGCCAGGUUCGCCAGCUGUCGUUUGUCCGCCACCAGCUGGCAGCUUUUUCUUCCCAAAGAAACCGCAUACAAUUUCUCGCCGACGCCAAAACCACGGCCGGCUAUGCAACGCACAUAACAGCAGCAUCUCGAUCCCGUUCACGCAAAGACUCAACCCGCCGAUUGGCAGCGCCCUCCGCCAGCCUUCAGCACGCUUGCUUGCGCCCGACGACGCUUCGCAAAUGGACGCCUCCCCGCGGCCGUCCAAGCAGGCAGCGUGCCUCGUCUGCCGAAGAGGCAAGAUUAAAUGCGACUAUCUGCCGCAGCAGAGUAGAUGUAGACGCUGCGUCCAGCUCGAUUGUGAAUGCAUCCGCCCCGAUUUCCAUGCAGGUCGCCAGCGCGGCAUCAAAAAUAAACGAGUUGGUAUCGACAAGGCAUUCUUCCAGGUCCAGCAGGCCGUGAAGCGUGCGCGCACGACGCAGAACCCGACAAAGGAGGAUACAGAGGCUAUUGCCCGGAUCCGCAACAUCAUUCAGGAGCUGGAUGGGAAUGGGUCGCCGGAUACUGAGAGCAAGUAUGCGGGUGAGAAUGACAUGAGCGAUGACGAGGAGGGCGAUGAUGGGGGAGGGGACGGUUCGACGUCGACGCCGAAUUUCCCGCACCAGGGCGACGAGACGCAGGAUGUGGAUGGCGCGGAGAACCCGUUGCAGUUGCUGGCGAGGGCGUCGUAUUUCAGACCGUCGACGGAACCGAAGCCGCAGGCGUCGCCGCAGAAGCCGAGACAGGAGGAGAGGGAGGACGAUAUCCAUGACUUUUUUGCGUCCCCGAUGUCGGAUCUUGAUGUGGGCGACGAUAUCGAUCCGAUUAGCCUGGGGCUUGUCUCGGAAGAGGAGGCUGAAAACCUGUUUACCUUGUACGUUUGGAAGUUGUCGUCCUGGGAUGCAUUGGUGGCUAACAGAUCACAGUUUUCAUACGAAUUUGGCACACACACGCUGGGGCAUGGAUCCGCGCAUGUACAAUGUGCACUUUACACGCUCGCGGUCAGCCUUUCUUACUACCUCCAUCAUGGCAGCAUCGGCACUAUUCCUAGCAACGAGUGGUCCGCUAUCGAAACGUCUGUCGAACCAUGUCAAGGCGUUAGCGCAGCGUGUCAUUGUAAAGCGCCAUCGGUCUGUGGAGAUUGUGCUGGCCUUUGUCGUCAAUAUCCCAUGGAUGUUCCCUGGUCAGCGGUCGACAGACGACGAGACGUGCGCGUAUAUAUCCAUGGCGACAACCGUCGCGAUUGACUUGCUCAUGCACAAGGCUCUCGUGUCCAAGGAAGCCCUGGAGUCCGGGUCCGGCUUGGCUCGUGGCGAGUGUCUCGACAUGAGGACAGCUCUUGAUAUCGACGGGUAUCCCGAUAUCGAUCCCUGGUCAGAACGCGGCGCUAUGCUCUUACGAAGUAGAGAACGAUGCUGGAUCUCCCUCUGGGUUGUCGAGAGAGGAAUGUGUCUUGCACGAGGUCGCCCAUUUAUCGUUCCGAGCACGCGCUUCAUCAAAGAAUGUGAUAACUGGCACCGCUCAGCUCAUGCGCAUCCACACGACGGCCACAUUGUGUCCAUGGCAGUGCUCCGCCGAGAUCUAGAUACCCUCUUUGCAACAGUCAGAGCUUGUUGCGACGGUUCACAAGCUGUUACCAGCGAUGGUUCUUUCGCUGCACAAUCUAUCCAAUCCUCAAUCGAGCAAUUCUUUGACCAAUGGCAGACUGAAUGGGGCGCGUCCAUCGGGUCUGGACCAUCACGCCGUUUACCGCCAUACGUCGAAAUCCUCGUCACACAUACCCGCCUCUCCAUCUACGGCGGUGUCAUCAACCACCCCACCGCAGCCAUUGAAGUCAAGCGCUUCUUCCGCACCGCCGGUCUAUCGUCUGCGCUCAACGUCAUGCGCGUUGCCAUCCAGGAUGAGGCACAGCUGCAAUCCAUGCCCAACAACACUGCCAUUAUGAUCUCCUUUGCGGCCUGCUUCGCCCUGACGCUUAGUGCCUACGCCACAGACGGAUCUGCGCUGGUUCCCGGCGUUAGGAAGCUGAUUGUGGAAGCAGCCGGCGUUUUAGAGAGAAUUGGCACCGUCACCAAGCACCGCAAUGGCCUCUCUGUGCUCUAUGGCAAGUAUCUCCGACAAAUUGUCAAAAAGGCAGCCAGUGGCAGCCCCAAUAGGCGCCACCAUCACGCGCGCUCUUCUCAUCAGCGCUCACAGACGCAGCCGACGAAUUCGAUUUCUCCGGCAUCUAUGCGCACGCCGGUAUCCGUGCAGGCACUCACGCCCCAGCAGUAUCCUGCCAACAAUCAGCCGCAGCCUGGCGGCGUCGACCAGCAGAUACUGUGGCCCGAGACGCUGCAGUUCUCGUCCAUGUCGCACGACCAGAUUGCGCAGGUGCUCAAUCAGCCUGGUAAUGAGUUUGCGCCUUCAUUUGGCGGUCUUUCGUGGCAGGAUUUGAAUAACUUUGACUGGUUGGCCUGGCCAGAAUUUGGAACAUGAGCAGGUGUUUUAUGGUAAAAGACUUUUAUGUCUGCUUUUUGUAUUAUAGCUUUACGGUGGCUGGAACCGUGGGUGUUACGGAGAACUGUACUACUUUUUUUAAUUGCUCCAUGAAUACAAAUGUCAAAAUCGUGUG